AAGAUCGUUACGCGCAACGUUACAACCAUUCGCUCAAUAGAGAGCCAACGGCAAUAUUGCAUUUGACGAAUAUUGCCGAACAUUUUAACCAGCAUGAAAUUGGCUAUGGCGGCUAAUUACGGAAAUUCACGGAAUGUCCCGAAUUAAAUCCCAGUCCAUCGGGUUAUGCGGAAGAUGUCUGGACAAACCAGGAAAGGAUGUAACAUGUGUACUAUAUAAGUUAACCCGUCCUUCUGUUUGUCACUAUUCCCUAAGUAGUCGUCAGUCAACAAGCAACAUGAAAGUCACAGCUCUUGCCCUUUUCGCCCUCCUCGGAGCCAUCGGUGCAGCUCUCGGUGACGGGUACGGGUACGGGUACGGCGGUUCUUCUGGCGGAUACACCUACAUGCCGGCAUACGGAUACGGACAAGGACAAAGUGCGGGUGGAUUUGGAGAUGGCUCUUUCUUGUACCUGAUUGGGUUCUUGUUCCUCAUCCUGAUCCUGUUCAACGGCAACCUCUUCAACACCACAUCCACCUCAAGCACCACACCAAUCACCAUAAUCCAGGGUUAAUUAUGAUUUAGUUGCCAGUCGAAUACAGCCGACAGAGCCAGUAGUACCUUCAAUAUUCCAACCAUGGUUGUUGUAUUCGUGUUGUAUGUUGACUGUCCCGAGUGUACCCGUCUUCUGUGAUAACACGAGUAUUUAUCAACGUUACCACUGUUCUGUUGACCUGUCUCAUACUAUAAAAAUAAUAAAAGUUGGUUG